AUGUCUUAUAUAUAUAGAUCCUCCUACCUACUUAUUGUUUUCGUGGCUUUAGGGACUGGGUAUAAUCUGCUUUGCUUGUUGUGCCUGGGUGCUUCUGUGGUGUUGGGAGGUGUCUGGCUUUUUGUGGACAGUGUGUGGGUGUUUGUAUGUCUUGAGCCUGAGACGAAACCUGAGCCCGAGCCUGAGACGAAACCUGAGCCUGAGUCUGAGCCUGAGCCUGAGCCUGAGCCUGAGCCUGAGCCUGAGCCUGAUUCCGUCAUCCAAAACACAUCAAACACAUCAACCAACAGCACACAUCAACACACGUCAACAUGUCGACGUGCCCACGAGCCACCGACUCGCGCUCUGCGAACAGAGAACGGGAACGGAUUUCAACAACAACAACAACAACAACAACAACAACAACAACAACAACAACAACAACAACAACAACAACAACAACAACAACAACAACACCACCACCACUACCAACGCACCCACCAUAUCUCAACACGUCCCAGAAAUCCACAAAUCCACAAACCCAGAACCCAAAAGCCCCAGAACCCCAGAGCCCCAGUAAACCAAGCAACCAAGACACGCCCCCCUCACAGCCCCAUCACCACUAUACCAAACAUCACAUAG